UCCCGCGCCGUGGGGUUUAGACUCUAAUUAGUUAGGUAGGUCCGUCUCAACCGCGGCGACCGCCAUACACUUAUCACAGGCGUAUCGCGCCGAAGGCUGGUCCAAUCUAAUGGCCGACGUUUCUCGUCAGCCCGACUCCGCGGCUCAGCCGUUGGAUCCCGUCCUGGUGGAGGGUGCUCUCUUUUUCCGGCCAGAAGAGGACAAUCGAGGAAUAGCGGACACUGUGGAAGGGGCGCAAGCGACCGGGGAACACCAGCGGCAGGAUCAGAAGCAACAGCAGAAGCAGCAGGAGCAAGGGUCGCGAAAUUUCCCUUCCGAUGGGCGCGAUCCGGCGCAUGGGGAGGGUAGAUGGUCCUUUCGUUUGACUCAUAAUAGCGAGGGCAGGCCAAGAGAGUUGGCCGACUCUGCUGUGACUACAACGGUGGAACAACGUGAGAAUACAGAGCUGAGAAGCACGCCAGCCGAUUUAGGGGUGCGAUUGCCAGCAAUCAACGUGAGAACGAGGAACGGCAGCAGUAGCUGGGAGCAGCAGGAGUCGACCGUUGAUUCCCUGUCGUCCACUGACAGCGCGUCCGCGUUAAGAGCUUCUUCAGCCAUAGAAGCAGCCCAUGCAGACCCCCUGGCAGUGUACCGGCGAGCGGUGGCUAAACUGGUGGCGUUUGGGUUCAACGGGAAGGAGAUUAACGACCAUGCGCGCCGACUCAUCGCCUUGGGAGCGGGCGCCGUGGUGCUCUUCUCCCGCAACUUCACCAGCCCCCACCAGCUCGCCUCUCUCUGCGCCGACCUCAAGCGGGCGGCGUUCCCUCGGCGGCUUCUCAUCAUGGUGGACCAGGAGGGCGGCAGAGUCACCCGCCUCGGCCCGCCCUUCACUCACAUCCCCGCCGCCCGCACCAUCGGCCUUUCUCGAAACCCUAAUCUGGCCCGCGCUGCUGGUCGUGUUUUGGGCCGGGAGCUUAGGUCUGUGCACAUAGACAUGGACUUAGCGCCGGUGUUGGACGUAGAUACUAACCCUAAGAAUCCGGUUAUAGGGGCUCGGUCGUUUAGUCGAGACCCGGGUGUUGUGUCCCAAAUGGCGUAUGAGCUUAUAAGGGGUAUGCAGGGGGAAGGGGUAGCGGCAUGUGUGAAGCAUUACCCAGGGCAUGGGGAUACGUCCCUAGAUAGCCACCUGGCGCUGCCUUAUUCGUCACACGAUUUGAGCCGGCUUGAGUCAGUAGAGUUAGUGCCGUUCGCGCGGGCGGCGGUGGAUGCUGACGUGGCAGCGGUGAUGGUCGCCCACGUGGCAGUGCCUGCUCUUGCGACGUGGCAGCCUCCUCCGUCCAUGGACGACCUACCAGAGAGUGUGAAACGUGGCAUGAUGAGUCCGUGCUGGGGGCUGUUCUCUCCGCACAGGAGGAGGAGGCGGCAGUGGGACGAAGCGAGGAGAGAAGCUGACGAGACCCUGGGAUUGCCGCGAUCACACUCGGAUUCUGACUUGACGAGCCAUACCAGUGCUACUAGCAGAAGCAACGGCAGCAGCAGCAGAAGCAGCAGGGUAACCACCGCUGGUAACACGGUAACAUCUCACGUAUCACCAUCAACGGCACAGGUGCAGCCACACCAGCAGUCUACCCCUCACCCGAGCCACGCCCCUCCGCCCAACCACACCCCUUCCCCCAACCCCUCUCCCCUGGCUGCCUUUGGCUCCGGACCCCCAGCCACGCUGUGCCCCGGCGCCCUCUCCUAUCUGCGCCUGGAGAUGGGCUUCGAAGGGGCCGUGCUCUCAGACUGCCUGGAGAUGGGCGCCAUAGUGAAGCACGUGGGUGUGGAUGAGGCAGCAGUGCUGGCUGUGGCGGCUGGGGUUGACCUGGUGCUGGUUUGCCACACGGAGAGCAGGCAGGUGGAGGCUAUUGAUUCGCUGGCGAAAGCGCUGCAGUCUGGACGGCUCGCGGUGAGAAGGUUUCGGGCAGCUUCCCGGGCAGUUGAUGCGCUCGCGCGAAUGUUUUGGCGGCCGCCCCCGCCGGAGGGGAGUGAGUUGGAGGAGAGGUAUUGGGAGCAGGAGCAGCGGGUGGUGGGGUGCAGGGAGCACAGGGAGGUGGUGGGUGAGAUAGAGCACGAGGCUCUGGUGCGGGGAGGGGAGAGUGACGAGGGGAACGGGAGGGAGAGGAAGGGGGGAGGUCGGCGGUGUAGCAUCUCGUAGUGAUUGCCAUUCAUGUAGUGCGAUUAUGAUCAUGGCAUUUCUCUGAAAGUGCUUGUUGUAUUUGCAAAUUGCAAUGAU